GUCACAACCGGAAGUAGCUCGCCAGGCCUCUCGAGCUGUCAGCCAAUCACAGAGCAACGAUCCUUUGACGUUUCAACACAAACACUGACCGGGCAAAGGAGCUUCAACUCGUCUUUUUCCUCGUUUCCUGUCCACACCAAAAGCGGCGUAUGAUGCUGGUGAUGCAGUUGCUGAGAGGUGCAGCGGAGCAUGCUGGGAGCAGCUCCCGGUGCGGCGUUGAGCCGUUGAUCUCGGCAGUACGUGGUAUCAGCUCAUCCUCGCAUCAGUUUUCUGAUUUUGGGAGAACUCAUCCUUCGUCCUGCACCGACACCGACCACCCCAAAGUCCUCAUCACUGGAGGGCUCGGCCAGCUGGGGGUGGGUCUUGCCAAGUUGCUAAGGAGACAAUUUGGAAAAAACAACGUGAUCCUGUCAGACAUUAGGAAACCCCCCAACCACGUCUACCAUAAUGGUCCGUUUAUCUUCUCAGACAUCCUGGACUUUAAAAACCUCAGGGAGCUCGUGGUCAACAACAACAUCAGCUGGCUGGUUCACUACUCAGCUGUGCUGUCCGCUGUGGGAGAGAGCAACGUCGCGCUGGCGAAAGAGGUCAACAUCACGGGUCUCCAUAACAUAUUAGACAUAGCAACCGAACAUGGUCUGCGUGUGUUUGUCCCCAGCACAAUCGGUGCCUUCGGCCCAUCCUCGCCCAGGGACCCCACCCCUGAUCUGUGUGUGCAGAGACCACGAACCAUCUAUGGUGUGUCCAAGGUCCACGCAGAGCUGAUGGGUGAGUACUACCACCACAGGUAUGGGCUGGAUUUCCGCUGUCUCAGGUAUCCAGGAAUCAUCUCCGCGGACUCCCAGCCUGGAGGAGGCACCACAGACUAUGCAGUCCAGAUCUUCCAUGCAGCUGUGAAGACCGGUUGUUUUGAGUGCAACCUACGCAGUGACACAAGACUUCCUAUGAUGUACAUUGAUGACUGUCUCAGGGCUACUCUGGAAAUCCUGAAGGCUCCGGCAGACACGCUGGUCAGCCGCACCUACAAUAUCAACGCCAUGAGCUUUACACCACAUGACCUCACCCAGGAGAUACAGAAAAUCCUGCCCGACCUCAAGGUCACCUACAACGUGGAUCCAGUCCGGCAGGCUAUAGCGGACGGCUGGCCAAUGGCGUUAGAGGACAGUGCAGCGAGGAGGGACUGGGGCUGGAAGCAUGAGUACGACCUCCCGGAGUUGGUGCAGACCAUGCUGACUCACAUCACUACGGGCAACCAGCUGGCACAGGCCUACUGAGCCGGUUGUAGCUUUUGCUCCAUAUAAAGAUUUAUCUGAAAGUGUGUGACUUUGAGGAGUUGAGAGAAUUUUUAGCCUUCACUUUUUCAUUUUUAAAAGUUACGUCUUAACAAAGUUCACUAAGUCUUACCUGAAAUCCUACAAUUAAUAACAAGAAAUGAAAAAUUAAAAUAAUCAGGGGGAUUGGGAUCAUUCAAAUAGUUACCACCAAUUAGACAAUGAAACUAAGAUAUAAAGCUCAAUAUGAGAGCUAUAAAAGCAUUCCAGACCACACAGUAUUAUACUCUUGAUUAGAUUUGAUUUUGCACUCAUCCGCAUACAUCUCACCUCUCUUUUUCCUCUCUCUUCUUGUCCAUCCAUUUAUCUUUUUGUGCGAACACCAAUGUUGUGUUUGAUUUAGAGUUACUGAAAUUGUAGGCGAGCUGAGUUCUCUCUCUGAAUGUACUUUAUCUGAGUAUUUAUGUUACGUCGUGUCUGUACGUGUGCAGAUGACUUUGCCAGCCUCCUGAAUAUGCAUCUGUCAUCUGUAGCAGCUAAACGCUUUGCCUUAGGGGGCACUUCUGCCAUCCUGAAAACCAGUUGGCUUCGAGUAAGAGCUGCACUCCAACUGGUCACCGAUAUGUACUGUGACCAUAAACACUGAAAGGCUUUUCCCUCGGGUACUGUUACUAUAGAAACCCCAGCUAGUGGUCCUGUAGGGAUAGUUUACAGGUGCUUUAACCGUAGUUGCCUGCUGUUGUUUCAUGUGAUGGUUCUGUUUGCAGGAAGGGAAUCGCUGUAGGCUGUAAAAUAAAUGUUUAAGUUAAAAGAAGAAUAGCUUUUUGAAGCUACUCGACCUUUGCACUAGAUGCUUUUAAUGUUUUUGUUUCUAUUUGAAUUAUUUUGUUUGUCGCUUUGUGUUUAGAAUCUGCAAUCAAGGUGCUAAAUAUUUAUGAAUGUUGUUUCAGUGGAUGCAGGAGUAUAUAUUCUUCAGUUGUGGAGCUGUGCUUUAAUGACUCUUAGCUUUGUGAAAGAGACGUGUAGAAUGAAGGGAGUGGGCAUUAGAGCUCAAACUGUGUUUUUUUGAAUAUUGAUGUUAUUUAUAAUGGUAUUCUUUGCAGCUUUUUCUGUCAAAUCAAAAGAAUUACUUUUUUUUAAAUAAAUACUUGAAUGAAACCAGU